AUUUUUGGAAAAAGUGCAGAAUGAAGGCUUUUGGAAUUACCAAAGAAAAGGGGAAGCAUGAGGGAAAAGAAACAUUUUACUGCGAGCAGAAGUGUCACAACCACCUGUUACGGAAACGCCCUCGUUUAAAAAGCACACAGGAAGUAUUGCAAAGUCACAAGUCUCAAGAAAAGCCAGCAGCACUGUUAGACCUGAGAAAGGCAAUGUGAAAGAUGUACGGGCAGCUGCGCAUCUUCCUGCUCAUCUACAUGGUGGCUGUUGCCAUCACUGUUUCGUUGGCUUUCAACAUUGAUCUGACAAAUCCUGAUGUCUAUACUGGUGAACAAAAAGAUUUCUUUGGAUACAAAGUGCUUCAAUACAAUUCUGACACGACCAAAGGGAUAAUUGUUACUGCACCACUGCAGCAUAACGGAUCAGGGGGAGUAUGCAAACCUGAACCAAACCAAUCCAUAAAGUGCUUCAACCCCAAAGAAAUUUCUCGGACAAACACAAAAAUACCAGUCAAGCACCUUGGCCUGUCGAUAGCUGAAGACUUCAAACGCUCUGAAUUUACUGUUUGCAGUCCAAGUGUAGUCCAUGAAUGUUAUGAGAACUCCUAUGUGAACAGCGUGUGCUACAAGAUCACAGAUCAUCUCCAGGAAAUCUCUCAUUUCACACCUGCUUUCCAAGAAUGCACAAAAAAGACAGUGGACCUUGUUUUUCUGUUUGAUGGAUCAAAGAGUAUGACCGAAAAUGAGUUCAGCAAAAACAAAGAUUUCAUAGAAGACAUAAUGAACAACCUUAAGAACUCAUCCAUCAAGUUUGCAGCAGUUCAGUUCUCCACAGACUACAGAAAAGUGUUUGACUUCAAUGACUAUCAAAAGGGUACUCAUCUCCAUAAACUGAAGAAAGAACACCAAAUGAAGAGUCUCACCAACACACACAAAGCCCUCACAUUUGUGCUGAAAGAAAUCUUGGAAAGACCAGAUGCCGGUGCUUCUCCUGAUGCUACCAAAGUUCUGGUUAUGAUCACAGAUGGAGAUCCCAGCGAUGGAGAUGUGUUUGGGAUUUUAAAAGAAUAUAAUGACAAAAACAUAAUUCGGUUUGUCAUUGUGGUCAAAGGUGCUACGCUGGACAAAUUCGAAGAAAUUGCUUCAAAACCAAGAGAAAAAUAUGCAUUCAAAAUUGAGGAAUAUGAUGGACUCACAACAAUACUGGAAAACUUUCAAAAAAAGAUCUUUAGUAUGGAAGGCACCAAAGAGGCUCAGGCAGGAGACAUGACUGAUGAAAUGUCUCAGAGUGGAUUCAGUGCUGUCUUCUAUAACGAGAGACUGAUUCUGGGUUCAGUGGGAUCUAAGAGCUGGCGUGGUUCUCUUCAAGACAUUCAUGGAGAAGACAAAACACAAAUUGAGGAUCCACUCAUGGAGAUGGACUCCUACAUGGGAUACUCUAUAUCUGUCGGAAAGAAGAAUAACGCUGCUCUGUAUUUCACGGGUGCACCACGAUUUAACCACACAGGACAGAUCAUUCUUUUCAGACAAAAUGACAAGAAGUGGUACGCAGCACAAAAAAUUGAAGGGAAACAGAUUGGUUCCUACUUUGGUGCAGAGCUGUGCUCAGUAGAUGUCAACUCAGACGGUGACACUGAUUUCCUGCUGGUGGGAGCGCCACUGUUUUACCAGCCUCAAGAGAAGAAAGAAGGCCAGAUCGUCAUCUACACACUGACUAAUGAGAUGCAACUGAACAGUGAAUGGAAUGUGACUGCAUCAUUCUUGGGGAGAUUUGGCACAACCAUAUCCAGUCUCGCAGAUCUAAAUGGAGAUGGACUCAGAGACGUUGCUGUUGGAGCCCCCCUUGAGGACAAUAACAGCGGGGCUGUGUACAUCUACCUUGGUGACAGACAAAGAGGGAUACGCGAUACGUUCAGCCAGAGAAUCAUGGGACAGAAAAUAUAUCCUGGACUGAGAUUCUUUGGACAGUCAAUUGAUGGGGACAUUGACCUUGGAGAAGACGGACUCCCAGAUAUUGUGGUUGGAUCACAGGGCACUGCUGUUGUCUUAAGGUCCAGGCCCGUCUUUAAUGUCAUGGCACGACUUUAUUUUACACCUGAGGAGAUAAGCACUGACAAAAUUGACUGCCUGGACAACAAAGAUGAACAUUUACCAAUGGUAACCUUAACAGCCUGCUUUGAAAUGGUAGAAACAACAAAAAGCAAUACAGCAGAAAUGAGCUCUGGACUGAACAUCUCAUGGACACUCAAUGUGGAUCCAAUGAGACAAACACCUCGAGGUUUCUUCAGUCCAUCCGACAAGAAGGCUAGGAACCUUACCUCCACGCAGGAGCUGAAAGAAGAUACCUGCUUCAACUACUCCAUCUACAUGCCAAAAUGUGUAAAAGACACAUUAUCACCCAUCAGCAUCAAAUUAAACUUUUCCCAAGUUGACAGUGAGGGUGCAAGUGCCAUCCUGAAUAUGGACAGCAAAAGGCAGGCUGCUGUUGAGGUUCCAUUUGAAAAGCAUUGUAGAAAAAAUGACACCUGUAUUGCCGAACUUGAGGUGGAUUUCAACUUCACGAGCCCAACAUUAUUGGUGGUGGAAAAUAACUACUUCAACAUUUCUAUAACACUGUCCAAUCAUGGUGAUGACUCAUACUACACCAGCCUAACAAUGCACUAUCCCCCAGGCCUCUCCUUCUCUAUGAUGGCUCUUAAGAAGGCAACAAGACCAACGGUCCAUAGCUGCAGAGAUCUACAAGAAAUACAUGACAGAAGUAUAUGUGAUGUGAGCCGUCCUGUGUUUCGCAGCAGAACGUCUGCAACAUUUCGAACUUCCUUCCGCGUCUUGAACAAUUAUGAGUGGAAUGACACAAUUUCAAUGACUGUUACUGGGAAGAGUGAUAAUGCAAACUCCACCAGGAUCUCUUCCAUGGCAAAAAGCAUCUCUGUACAGUAUCAAAUUAAAAUGGCAGUAACAGUGAAAGACGACCCUAUCACCUACAUAAACUUCACAGCUGAGGAUGCUGGACCUAAGAAAUUGGUUGCUAUAUAUAAGAUAGAUAAUCUUGGUUUCAAGGCUUUUCCCAUCAAUGUGUCCCUGUUCUUCCCAACUAAACUGGAGCAUAACUUUGAAAUGACGAACUAUCAAGUCUAUGUCCAGCAGAACAAAACUGAAUGCACAGCCACAAAUAACAUGAAUUCUGAAUACUGCACGCCAGAAAAAUACUGCAGAGUCAUAGUAUGUGACAGUUUCAUCCUGGAGAAAGAAUCACCCACUGAGUUCACAUUGUCAGGAGACAUACAGUUCAAGGAUCUCAAACAGCAUGCAGCGAAUAUAGCCUUCCUUAAAAGAUAUACUGGAGACAGUGCAGAGGUUAAAUUCAAAAGCUUUAUACAAGUUGGCUACGACAAGAAUCAAUAUUUGCUGGACUCUCAUAAACAACAGCAGAAGUCUGGCAAUGAUCCAACAAUGAAAUGGACUGAAGUUCGGGUUGAGUUCAUUAUUCCCCCGAAUCAACUGCAGAUCAUUGCAACUGGAGCUGGAUUGGGAUUCUUGCUUUUGAUCAUAAUCGCCAUCAUCAUGGUUAAGUUGGGUUGCUUCAAGCGAAAAACACUUGAGUAUUAUCAAGAGAUGGAGGAGGAAGCUACUCUUCAGGCAGGCACCCCUACCAAGUCCACCACUGCCCCCACCCAGGGAGCAGACAGCCACUCAGAGACUGACAGCAAGCCUGACCCAACACCAGAGGAAAAAACUCUUCUUGAUGAUGGUGAGACAAACGGCAGCAUCCAACCAGCUGAUCCAGAGAAGGGACUGAAUUAAAUGGAUAAACCAACCUAACUGCUUGUGUCCACAUAGCGUUUUUCUUUGGCAGAAACGGUAGGGGUGGGUGACACCACAAAAUUUGUUUUUGAUCUGAUAAUACAGGGCCAGAAUCGCCAGCAUCGAUAUCGAUACCAGUACGAUACUUUUUGUUAUUAAAAGUGGCACAUUUCUUUAUAUAUAGGGGAAAGCAGUUCAUGAUUUAUUAGGUGAAUAAUCAAUGUACUUAAAUAACAGCUAAUGAUGACCAAUUACAGUUUGAAAAUGUAACAUUAACCAAUGAUGAUGACUGGAUUUGAUUUAUAUAUUCAUUUCAUGACAACAUACCGAGAUAUUCCUUUUUAUUUUAUUUCCCAUUCUUUUUUGUUUUUUUUUUGUCACUGCUAUUAUUUGUUGGAUUUAAGUAGUCAGGCUCGGACAUACUCUCAUUGAAUGUCCACUAAACCGAUAUGGUCGCCCAGACCGCAUGGCUGCAUGCAUAGUACGAUUGCCAGAGCGCCUCGAAAAAAGACGCUUGGCAUGACGAUUUUUCUCUAGGCGGUCGCAUGCAACAGCAUACGCUCUGUCCUCAGUGGGAAUAAUUCAAAAACAACUCUGGCGCUGAGAAAAAGAAUGCUAUGUGGACACAGGCCCUAAGUGGACUGACUGAAUUAUAAAGCAUGCAGCAUGCACAGGAGCACAAUACUAGUGAGUGACAUUGUUAAAGGUAUAGCUCCACAUUUUGAGAGUUAUGCUUCUAUGCUUUCUUGUUUAGAGUUAGAUAGGACUGAUACCACUCAGGAGAUAUUAGCUUAGCAUAAAGUUGGAAACAGUGGAGCACUGUUAGCCCAGCUUUCUCUGAUUCUGACAAUCUUCACCUACCAGCCGUCUCAAGCUCACUGAUUAACAUGUUAUAUCUUGUUUGUUUUAUCUGUACAAAAAGCAUAUAUAUAUAUAUAUAAAGAGGACUUUUCAGCUUUCAGUUUUAGUUUUACAGGGGGUUGUGUGGCAGACUAUUUUUUGCAGAUUUUUUUUUUUUUUUUUUAAUAGAGCCAGGACAGCUGUAUUCCUUCAUCUUCCACUCUUUAUGCUAAGUUAGACUGUCUCCUAGCUCUAGGUUCAUAUCAACAAAGAGGGAAAUGUAGUUUCAUAAAGGCAAAAAAUUAACUCAAGGUCCAUUAUUUUAUUGUUAGCUUUUCUGAGCUAUGAAUGGCAUAUCUGUCCUCCUCAGCAGGUACUGUGUGCUCAGUUGGAGAUGACUUGGUCACGAGGUAACUGGUGGUCAGGUAUCAGGGGGAUGACCACCAGACCUGAUUAAUAUGAGUCCCCCCAUAUGUUGAAACAAUAUAUAUGCCCUUGUGUGGGAGUAAGAGAGCUUAACACUCAUGUAUACUGAACAAAAAUUUAAACACAACCUUUUAAAUCAAAUUGUCACAAAUGUGUUAAAAUCCGUGUCAGUGAACACUUCUCCUUUUCUAAGAUAAUCCAUCCACCUGACAGGUGUGGCAUACCAAGAUGCUGAUUAAACAGCAUCAUUACUACACAGGUGUGCCUUGGGAUGGUCACAAUAAAAAGACACUAAAAUGUGCAUCUUCACCUUGAAAAAAAGACAUUUAUUUGGAUUUUACAUAACUAAGUGCUACAAAAAUGCAGAUUUGGGUUCCAGAUACCCCAAAGAAUCAGUCAGUAUCUGGUGUGACACCAUUUGCCUCAAACAGUGUGACACAUUUCCUUCAUAUAGAGCCCUGUAGAAUGUUGGCCCACUCCUUUUUAGUGGCUGUGUGAAGUUGCUGGUUAUUGGCAGGAUUUGGAGCACACUGUUGUAGAAUAGAACAGUGUGCAGUGUUCUGACACUGAUUUUAACAAAUUUGUGGCCAGAAUUUGAGAGAAAUAUUGAGUGCAUUCAAAAAAAGUGUGAAAAGUGGUAGCAAACCAAAGUGUUGCAUUUAAAUUUUUGUUAAUACUGUAUAAAAUACUUUACCUGGGCAAGCUGGUGGCACUUGGAGGCAUGGUGAAUGGAGGUAGAGGGAUACUGUAAAUAGUGUUGAGAAUGCUGGAAGUGGGUGUUAAUAAUUGUACAUCUUUGAGAUCAAUUUUUGUGUACAUUUGCAGUAUUGUAUACAUAUAUUCACUGUUAUAUCGUGACCUUCCUUUGUUUGUAUGUGCAUUUUAUUUUUAAUUAGCUCCCAAGUGUUGAAGAUUUUCUUGUGGGUGCAGUGUAUGUGUGAUUUAUGAACAUGUUUUAAGCUCUCUAUCAAUAAAACAUUUUGUCCGUCA